AUGUACGAUACCCCACUGAAGGAACCUAUCACAGUGGGACAACCAUUGGACAACCAUGAAAAAGUGAUUAACCCACUGAAGAACCUAUCACAGUGGGACAACCAUGAACAACCAUAUAACGUGAUUAACCCACUGAAGGAACCUACUACAGUGGAACAACGUGUAAACAUGAUUAACCCCACGAAGAAACCUAUUACAGUGGGACAACCAUGUAACGUGAUUAACCCCACUGAUGAACCUAUCACAUGGGACAACCAUGUACACGUGAUUAACCCACUGAAGGAACCUAUCACAGUGGGACAACCAUUGGGACAACCAUGUAACGUGAUUAACCCCCUGAAGGAACUUAUCACAGUGGGAAACCAUUGGGACAACCAUGUCAACGUUAUUAACCCCACUGAAGGAACCUAUCACAGGAAACCAUGUAAAGUGAUUAACCCCAUGAAGGAACCUAUCACGUGGACAACCAUGGGGACACCAUGUAAACUGAUUAACCCCACUGAAGGAACCUAUCACAGUGAGAAAAACCAUGUCAAUGUGAUUAACCCCACUGAAAAAACCCUAUCACAGUGGGAUAACUAUGUAAAGGUUAUUAACCCACUGAAGGACCUAUCACAUUUGGGAAAACCGU